AUGGCCGCCCAAAACUCGGAUGUGGAGGAAAAAAUACUAUCGCUUUUGCCUCCCAAAACUCUGAUGCGAUUCAAGUUGGUCUCCAAACGGUGGUAUGCUUUAAUCAGCAAUCCCAGGUUUGUAGAUAAGCACCUCUCCAAUUUCAAUUCCAUGCAUAAUAAUCCGUCCACCUCCGUCUUUAUAAAGCGUUUGGUUGUUAAUGAGGACACAAAGGAAAGCGAGACUGUGUUCUCGCUGCUUAGUUUUUCCAAUUGUAGUGAUGAUGAUAGUAAUGAUGGUGGCGAGCCUGCUAGCUUUCUUUUGGGUGUCGAGGAUAUGGAGAUUCCAUUCCCAAUGACUAGUCUAGACACCAAUAGGGGCGAAUCACUUGAAAUUGUAGGCCAUUGUAAUGGGAUCAUAUGUCUGAGUAUUUCUCGCUCUACCAAGGUGUUUUUAUGGAACCCGGCAAUUAGAGAAUUGAAGCUUCUACCCCCGGAACCAUACCUUCCACAUUGGACCAGAACAUGCUCAACCGCGGCGGAUUAUCCCAAAGAUGUUGUUACCAUGCCAUUUUUCUCAGACGAUCCGGUGUUCGGCUAUGAUCCUCUAUUGCAAGAUUACAAAGUUGUCGAGAUUGGAUUUCAAGGAGCAUAUCGUGAGGAAGAUAAUUAUGUUUUUCAUCCUCCCCUAGCUGCGGUAUACACGCGGGGCACUAAUUCCUGGAGAGAGAUCAGUACUGAUUCUUUAGAAACAGAAACUACUAACCUAUGGCCUGGAAAUUUCCAAAUGUUCUUCAACGGGAUGUGUUAUUGGUUGGGAAGAGAGCAAUUGAAGGAAGGCAGUAUUUAUGAUUACAUGGAAGAGGAAUAUGUUAGGAAAUUGAUCAUUUCGUUUGACAUGAGUCGUGAAGUAUUUCAUGACAUACUGCUACCAUAUGAGUUGAUUAACCCUCCAUGCAUCACUGUGUGGAAGGAAUCUAUUGCUCUUUUUAAUUUGCGUGAUAGUGAUGAUGCAGAUUCUUCAAAUCUUUUGCCUUAUAGUGAUGCUUCAGAUGCUGCUAAAUUUGAAUGUUUGGAUAUAUGGGUGAUGGAUGGCUUUGCUGGUGUCGGAUAUUCUUGGACAAAACACUUAACUCUUGAGCUCAGAGAACACCCAUCUCAGAGCAUAUCGUCACUCUGGUGGGAUCAGACCACAUUAGUGAUGUGGAACCAUGAACUUCUCAUGGUGUCCCCAAAUAGAUCUAUAGUGUGUUAUAAUCUAAGUUCCAGAAGGCUUAAGUAUCUACCAAUUCAAAGCGGCUCAAAGGAUCGUGAAGCUGUUGCUGCUGUUUAUCUAAACAGUAUAGUUUCGGUCGUGGGAGACAAGAAGCUUCAGAGCAGAGAAAAUGUAGCAAUGUAG